AUGUUUAGUAACAAAUACUUUAAGUACCUAAUUGUCAGAGUAAGAAAUGGUGUGCAAGUGUUUGAUUACACAGCGAAAGCCUUGAAGCCUCACAAGCCAAAAGGAGUUGAAACUAAGGUUAAACAUUUUAUUGAUUACUGUAAGACUAAAGUUAUUGGUGGUGCUGGGGGAAAUGGUUGUAUGUCAUUAUCAAGAGUUGAUAAAAAUGAAUUUGCUGGUCCUGAUGGAGGCAAUGGUGGAAAUGGAGGCCAUGUAAUAUUUCAAGCAAGUACAAAUGUCAAAUCCUUAUCUCACUUAUGGCCUAUCAUGAAAGGGAAAAAUGGUAAAAAGGGUGCUAAUAGAUGUUGCCAUGGUAAAAAUGCUCCUCACACCUAUAUUCAAGUGCCAUUAGGAACAGUGUUGAAAUCAGAAACUGGUGAAACAUUAUGUUAUCUAGAUAAUCUAGAUGGCUAUUUUAUUGCUGGUAGAGGGGGGGCUGGUGGAAAAGGAAAUGCUUUCUUUGCUUCUAGCACUUUUACUACUCCCAGGAUCGCUGAAAAUGGUGCUAAAGGAGAAGAGAGAGUUGUACAUGUAGCCAUGAAUACUAUGGCAUAUGCUGGAUUGAUAGGCUUUCCAAAUGCUGGUAAAUCAACAUUAUUACGAGCUAUAUCUAGAGCUAGGCCCAAGGUAGCAGAGUAUGCUUUUACAACCUUAAACCCACAUAUAGGCAUGGUAAUAUAUGAUGAUCAAAAACAAAUAUCAGUUGCUGACAUUCCAGGUCUGAUUGAAGGUUCACAUGAAAAUAGAGGUUUAGGAAUAGACUUUCUACGACAUAUAGAUCGUUGUUCUUGUUUACUGUUUGUGAUAGAUCUUUCUCGUGAAGAGCCAUGGACACAGUUAGAUUUAUUAAAAUAUGAGUUAGAGCAGUAUCAGAAAGGUUUGUCAAAAAGAUCCCAUGCUGUAAUUGGUAAUAAAAUAGAUAUACCUGGUGCUGAAGACAAUUUGGUUAGUCUUAGGGAACAUGUAAAUCUACCUGUAAUAGGUAUAUCUGGUAAAUAUGAAAUAGGAAUUGAUGAAUUAUUGACUCAUUUACGUGAGAUGUAUGAUGAAUACCUUGGAAAUGACGACACAUCUUGA